AUGGAUCUUCAUCGUGUGGCCUUGCUGUGCACCUUUUUCUGCUUUGCGCAGGUUUGGUCAUUGCCAACAAACUGCAUCCUUCGUAAGGACUUAUUGAAGAGAUCAUAUACACUGAUAGAGACUGCGGGGGGCCUUUUCCCCGUGCAGUGCCUGAAGGAAAAUGUUGCCAUAACUUUCCCGCAAAAUGCGUUCGAGUCUGCCAACACGGAUCAGGUUACUGGUGUAGAAAAAGCUGUUUACCAGACACUUGAGAAUAUUGAUGCAUUGUUUGAGAACUACAAUGAUCCAGACCAGUGGGAUGCAAAAAAGUGGAAUGAGUUUCGAGGCCUCGUAUACCGGCAGAUUGUGGACAGCAAAUGCAUCAUGAGCAAGUCUGAAGCGGCACAGGAUUUCCCCAGCAGAGAUGCUUCACUCAAGAAAUACUUCGAGACUAUAUCCUCGGCUCUGAAAGAAAAGGAUUUCAGUUACUGCGCAUGGGAAAUUGUCAGAAAUGAGAUUCUCCGCACCCUGAAGUUCAUAUUGGAUCACAACUCCGACAUCAUGUUAUAA